UCCGAACGGUGCACGUGAGCGCACCUGUUUGCGUCUGCUGCUGCUCUCUCUCUCUGCGCGGAGCGCUCAGCUGAUUUCGGUUACCGUUAUAAAAUCCCUUCUUGGUUCGUACGAACGUGUGUGCGCGCGGUUUGUGAUAGUGUGCUGGUUGUGUGGUGAAUGUCAAGCCCCCCGAUCGAAGGUGGCCGCGACUGCGGCAACGAUCCCUAAUUUGGAUUUGUUUUGGUUUGGUGAAUGUGAAACCUUGUGGUGGCCUCUCUCUCAGGGCCUGCUUUGUGUGUAGAGUGUCAAAGACGGGAAUGGACUGAGAGAUUUUUGAGGUUUUUUUUUUGGGAUGUUUUCCUUUGUCGUGUAUCGCGUGUGUCGUGUGGUGUGACACUUGUACGUAAGGCGAUAACGGAAGAAGGUGAGAGCGGAGUUCGUCGCCUACUGCCGUUGGAGGCCACCCGUGUUGAACGAGCUGUUGGGGUCACCUUAAUGUCAAAAGUUACGGCUUUGGAGAAGAAAGAAACCGAUUCGUGAACACAUCUUGUGAGGAAGCAACAAUCAGAGUGUAAGGCAGAGGAAGCUGGAACCUUCUGGGACAACAACAACAACCUGAUCGUGACCUACUGCGUCUAGUUUUCGCGAUAGAGUUCUUCGGUGCAUGAACAGAGAGAAGAACUUCAGAAACCUUGAGCGCGUAACAGUUGUUUGAAGCCUGGAAGGAAGCGAUCGCGAAGCUGAAACACAACACAACGGGAAGAUUUCCUGGAGCACUUGCAGCCGAACACGGGCACUUGAAUCAAGGCCUCUCCGCGCCGAAGCUCAAGAAGCGACGGGCCAUUUCUCGGGGCGCAGCAGUUCUUGGGUUGCGAAGCAGCAGUCGAUGACUCCAAACCACGAAUUUCUUCGCGAGAUGUUUUUGACCCCGCCCGGCGCAACAAGCUCUGGUUUUGACUGAUCCCCAUAUGCGUGUUGUUGUAAAGAGGAAAAAUUAGAUCUGGAAAAGCGCAGCUUUUUCAGGUCGUCUCGGAGGCGAGGAAGUGUUGUUUUUUCGGAAAUUUCGGAAGAAAAAAAAUCAGUGCUAGCGGGAAUUCGACUCCGGAAGAAAGAAAAAAGUAAGCAAAUGUGAGCAUUUUUGCUUGAGAGUGUAAGUGAUCACGCGUCUGUGCGGUUGAGAUUUUUUGGAAUUUUGGUCCAGAACUGAUGAGGAGGAAGAGCUUCGACGGAUGAAAAAUAAACCGGUGGAAGGGGUGAAGAAGAGAUGUUGCUUGCUGGCCGGUGGUGCCGCUGACUUUUAUGCCACUUUGGUAACGUCGCAAUGAGGUGACAACGCAGGGCGCCCCAAAACCUGUCCUGAAUCAGUAACAACAACCAAACCAAUCGAAUCUACGCCCAUUUGAGCAUAACCUCACCGCGCCAAGAUGGGCAACUCCGGCAGCAUGAACGGCCUGCCGGGCUAUGACGAUGCGACCGCGUACCACCAUCCGGGUUACCAUCAUCAGUACCAACGCUACCACGAGAUGAUGCGCGCCAACGGAGGCAACUCCGGUGGACCUGCUCCGGCAUGGCUGGAGUCCUACCAGCGGGAUCUUCGCAACGGGAGAUCCACCUUCGACAACCGACACCAUCACCACGACUCCGGAACCCACCGGGACUCCACGGUCAGCAGCGGACCCAGCUUGCCUCCACCGAUGAAGGUCCUGCCGGACAUUCCCGGCCGGGUCGCAAAGCUCCGUCCUACGAACAACGGGAACAUCCUGCACUCGGGCGGAACCAUCAGCAAGAACAACAACCUGCAACGCUCGAAGAGCAUUUCUUCGCCGACCUAUCAGCAGCACCAGAAGCAGAGCAGCUUCGACGAAGCGGAGGAGAACGGAGGACCGCUGAACUCGCUGCCGCCGCGGAUGGCCAUGAUGCGGUCCAAGACACAGUUCAACAUGAUGGCUGGAGGUCGUCCACGGGACUUUGACGAUUCACGGCGUGGCUACGCCACAAACCAGCGAAAGCCGAGCUACGAGCACGGAACGCUGAACAAGAAGCGGUUCGGGUCGGAACCCGAUCUUCGCCUCUCGAUGGCCGCAGAACUGCAGCAGGAGCAAGAGGCCGGACCGGCCGGUCAUCGCAACACCAAACCGGUCCAGUCGAAGAUUAUGAAGGGCAAGAACAAGAAGAAGGCGCCGGUUCCGCCGGCGGCGGACAAGGUAGGUCAUCCGAUACGAAUGCCUCAAUACCUUAAACCAUUUCUUCCCCAGCGCGAACCCGAACCCAUCGAGAAGCACCAACCCCAAAUCCAGCAGCAACAACAGCGCAUCAUCGCAUACUCUCCGCUGCGCAAAACCAACUCGGACGCGUCCUCCACGCUACCCUCCUCGGACAGCAACAGGAACAACCCAACCCGGAAGCUACGCCUGUUCAAAACCCGCGCCGAAACCAAGAAGAACAUCAUCACCAAACUGCCGGAAGCGUCCGACGCCAAGUACCAGGCGAAACCAACGGCCUCCUCCAACGGCCAGAUGAAGAUGCGCGUAUCGCCGACCAACAGCGGCACCCAGCCCUACAAACCUCCCCGCAAAGAUCCGGACUUUGACACGAGCACGCUGGACAAGCCCAAGUCCCGACUCAACCCAACCUCCUUCUUCCGACGCGAGAAAACCUUCGACCUUGGCAUCCUGGAGCGCGACCGUCACGCCCAACAGCCGGAAGUCAAACCAACCAUGUCCCCUCCAAUUUCACGCCGCAAAUCGAUCGUCAAGUCGCUGCUCGAAAAGGACCAGAAGGAGCAGCAACAGCUGCGUCAGCAAGAACAGCAGAGUCGCAUCGCUUCGGUUGAGCCAAAGUUCAAACCGAAGGUUCAGGAGGAGAAGCGCAAGUCGUCGCAGCCGCAAGCUGCGGCGACCACACCGGUCAUGACCGACUUCCAGAAGGAGCUCGCGAUGGCCACGAGGAGAAAGACCGCCCUCGGCGGUAGCAACCAGAAUCUUGCUCAAACGAAGCCGGCGCCGACUGGCGCCGCCAAUCAGCAGCGGAAGAUGUCCGAGGUGACCAAGCAGACCAUCAAGGUGGAGCCGGCACCACCACCAACGCAAACGAAAAACAACAGUCUGGUAAUUUCCGUCGAACCACCCAAACAAGACGAUCGGGAAAAGCUCUCCAUCAGUCCGCCUCCUCCGCCGCCACCACUCCCAAAAACUAGCUUCUACUUCGGAAUGACCGCACCGAAGAAGACCCCAGAGCCGAAAAUCUCGCCCACCCUACUCGUCAAAGCGAAAAUGCUCGAAACGCGCGUCGACACCGAGCCCGAAUCCUCCUCCGAAGAGGACGAAGCCAAGCGACCGCUGGAGUCACCCUCGGACGACUCCGAAAUGGACAAGACCCAGCUGGACGUAAUCGACCGCUUCGCCGCCAGCUUGCUCAACGGAACCAAAUUCCAAUCCGGCUCGGAUUCAGCCGCGUCUUCGGAAGUCGACGUGCGCACCACCUCCGGCAUCGAACUGUUCACCGAAGGUCAGGAGAUCUCCCUGAAACUCCGACCAACGCUCCCCCGUAAGAACUUUGAAAUCCCACGAUUCAGCCCGGCAGCCGCUUGGCGGCUGCUCACCACCGAGGACGACUUUGGUCGCGACUCAACGGAACUUUUCCCCUUCGCGGACCAGAAGAAGACGCAACUGCUGCGCAGUUUGGAAGCGGUGGACGCCGCGGCGGAGGAUCGCAUCGAGCGGAUCUACCGGGAGCCGAUCCCCGGGCUGCAGGACAACAAGAGCGGAGACAGCGGGAUUUCCGGCGACGCCGGACUGCCGGACCUGGGCGAAGCACAGAUGAUGAACUCGAGCAAGGAGCGCGACUCGCCGGAGAGUUCGCCGGUGGACGAUGGAGGGGUGGGAGUGGGUGUGGGGGGAACGAACGGAUGGUCGGCGAGUGCGAUACGGUUGACGCCGUGGACGCCGCAGCAGGAUCUAGAGGACGAUGACGAUACGACCGGGAGCAGUGCGGACAAUCGGCAGCUGAUCGAGGAGAGUCCGCUGAGCGGAGGGCCUAACGACUUUUCCAGCAAGGGACAUUUGUUUAGCUUGUCGCUGCCGCGGGAGAACCACCUGUCGAUUUAUACCGGGACGGCGGCGAACGGGGAAAAGGUCGAAAAGCACAUGUUCAACAGUCUGCAAAAGCUGCGGAAGUCCGUUUCGGACGCUUUCACCAGCGACGCCGAGCUCAGUCCGCUCGAGAGCGGUGACAACUGGUUCCUCUCCCGGCUAGAUUCCUCUCCACCGGCCAUUACCAACGCGUACGAAAAGCGCCAGCUCAGCCCAACCGGCCCGAAGCAAACCCCGCCGGAAGCGCCCUCCAGCGCGGGCAGUGCCGGCUCCAAAAAGAACGAUUCCAACGAACAGUUUGCCGCCAAACCGACCAAGCACCUGCCGAUUGGGUACCUGAUCAGCGGCAAGCACAUGAUGUAUCUGCCGAAGGAAGCCACCAAGGUGGUCACUUCCGGCAAAAAUGACGCCAACAACAACUCGCUGCCAACCGAAGUUUCACCUCCGCUAGCGACCAUGUCCAGCUACCAGUCUCGCUCCGGGUACGGCGCAGACCGGCGCCGGGACAACAAGGAAAACAUGCAGGAUCCGGUUCCGGACGCGGGUGAAAACGGAGGAGCAGGCGAAAUGGAAAAGUUCCCGGUGAAGAUCUCCAACCGGAAGAACCACCGGUUCACCUUCCAGAGCACGAUCCGGCAGAUCGAGAAGCGACGGGUGGCGGAGAAGCUGUCACGCGAGGCGGAAAUCAAGGAGGCCAUGCGGUUGAGCGAGCUGGAAGCGAUGCGCCGGGUGGAGGAGGAGUUCCAGAAGAAGCGGGCCCGCGAGAAGGCCUCGAUCCGGCACCAGCUGCGGCUGUUUUCGAUGGAGGAGGGAGGCAAUGGACAGGCUUUUGAGGGGAAUGAGGACGAUGAGCUUCCGGAGCUGAUCAAACGCGCCGAACCGGAAGGGGACAGCAUGCCGCACCAGCCCUCCUCCACAACCGCCACUAACGGCACCACCAAGACCAACGGAAUGUUCCGCAAGCGGGACGCCACGCUGGAGCGGCAAACCUACCUGAACGGCGGUGGCCAGGCGCGACGCCUCAGCCAGUCCCGGUUCCACCAAACCUCCACGCUCGAGCGGAAGUACAACCAGGAGCUGGACCAGGAUUUCAACCACGACCAGGACGAGAACGACUCGGACGACGAUGACGUGGACAGCAGCCUCGGGUACAUCGACACCCGGACGCCGUACAUUUCGCGCAUCAUUCAGGCCAAGAGCAGCAAGUCGAGCUACGGCGGCGGAUUGAAGAAAUGAGGGUCGCCGCGAGCGAAUGAGAGAGCAACGAACUGCCAUCUAGUCAUCGCUGGAGGAACGUGUACUCUGACAACAACCGGAAGCGGAAGACGCUGCCCCGAAAGCGUGGCAGAGAUUUAUUUCAGAAAAAAAACAACGGAGAGAAAGACCAAUCGAGUGGUAUUUAAAAGUACAUAAAUUUAUUCUAAACGAGAGCAAAAAAAUGUAUUCGUAGUUGGAUUUAUAUUUCCUCUUUUUAUUGAAAAUAGUAAACAAAAUGCGAGCAAAGCGACGAAAAAAAAUAAAGUAAAUAUUCUUUCCGAUCUUUUGACUUAUUAACAUCAACCUGCAUGUUAUUUAGUAUCUAAGGUUCACUAACACACGCAAAAAAAAAA